AUGUCCAAAAUACACCCGGACUGGCUCACGGUGGCGGUGCUUCUUGCGGUGUUCUUUCUCUGGCUCGAGCCCGCUGAGCCCUUCUACCGCCAGUUUGUUCUCUCAGAUCAUCGGCUCCAGCACCCUUUUGCUGAACAUGAGAGAGUUACCGAUAACCAGCUUUACUUCCUUUCGGCGAUAGUGCCCACGGCGAUCAUUGCGUUUUUCCAGUACGGGUUUUCAAAAGACACGGUUGUUUCCCAGCGUACGCUUUUGGGGCUCUGGGUUUCCUUGACAGUCAAUGGCUGUCUUACCGAUAUUCUCAAGAACUGGAUUGGUAACCCACGCCCAGACUUUCUCGACCGCUGUGGUGCUGCUAAGGGCACUCCAAUUGACCAGCUUGUCACGGUCAGCGUGUGCACGAUGCCUCGAGGCGCCCUGGCCAUUGUGGACGGGAUGAAGCUGACGCCGCUGGGCCACUCGUCGAUCGGGUUCUCGGGGCUCUUUUACUUGCUGCUCUGGGCAUGGCAGUGGGCUAGGGUACAGAAGAAGGAGAUUCGCUUUGCCUCGUUGUUGGUGGUGGCGGCUCCGGCGUUGUUGGCCACGUACAUUGCCUUGAGCAGGGUCCAGGACUAUAGACACCAUUUCUUUGAUGUGUUCUUUGGGCUGGCCUUGGGGAUCACUGCUGCUACGCUAUCGUGGUAUAAGUACUCAAAGCUCCACGUUGCUUAG